UGGAAACUUGGAGAAAUAUAUUUGGUUUCUUUCCGGAAAAUGUUUGAAGCUGAUUGAAUGAUUGACCUGCAAGUAGCUGGAAUGGAUAACUGUAAAUAUGAAAUGUUAGGGGCGAUAACUUCAGUUUCGUGCUCAGCACGAUCUUUGGUCUCGAUACAUGCUGAUAAGUUAACUUUUUAACAGGGCUUUCGAACAGAUAUCAGCUCUAUAUUUUUGUGGUUGGCAAAACAAAAUCUUAUGAAAUACUUUUUUUUUUACGAAAUGUUUAACUCUGCCCACGAUGAAAGUGCGUGCUAACAAAAGAAAAGGAAAAAAGACAUUGCCCUUGAAACGAAGACAACAAUAAUCCUAGUUUGAGAAAAUUUAUCAAAAUGAACAAACUAUUGAAAAAGAAGAAUCAUUAAUCAUCAAACAUGUGACUUUUUGUGUGCAUUUUGUUUUCUUUCUCUGGCAAUAGCUGACUUAAAAAUUUCAACAUGCAAGCUGCAUUCAUAAGAACAUUACAAAGAGGCAGCCAAGUAUUCCUGGGAACAAUUCGCUUUUUGACAACUCAAGAGGUGUCAACAGCUUUAAGGCCUUUUUAUUUUACUGUCCAUCCAGACUUGUUUGGACAGUUUCCAAAAGAAAGGGCAGUAAAUGAGGAAUCGUUGAAAAAACUAAGUGAGUAUGUUGCAUCACUGCAAAUGGGUCAAAUGAAACGAGUAACAAUACCGCUUACUACCAAGACACUACGUGAUACUGUGAUAACAGUUCUCCGGUCAUGUGGUCUGUCCUUGGAUUAUCUUAACACAAUUCCCCCGACAUCUAUAACAAAGGCCAGCAGAAUGUUUCGUCCAAUAAAAUGGCAUUCUUCCUACUAUGAUGCUACAGACCAGCAGCAUCCCAACCAAAGGAUCCCCAAACAAGCACCACAACUGACUCUAAAGUCUUGGCUCUCAUUGAAUAUAAUGCAUUCACGAAAGCAGGCCAGCUCCAUGCAAUAUGUUCAGGAAGACAUAAACCGCCUGUGUGACAUGCUGAAUGCUGCACUUAGUCUUCAAGAAAUUCGCUGGGAUAGCGUCUGGGGAGUGUCUCACUUCCGUGGGUGCCUGAAAUCCUUUUACAGACUUUAUUCGGAGCAUCCACAUUUUAUCAAAAGUGUUCUCAAAGAUCGGAAACUGGUUUUCAGCAAUACAACAGGGGUAAGCCGCCUUGGGGAGAUAAUUCUGAGCAGUGAAGAUGUCCCAACAGCGUGGAUGAAGCUGCUUGUAUCUGUUCCGGGCUAUGAUGCUGUGCUUGAGCGCCUGCCGUACAUGGAAGUCAAGUUGUCAGAGCUGCUGAACGAUAUCAGGGUGGUCCGACACGAGAGAUCACACAGUCAAGUUAUGGCAGAGGAAUAUGAGCUGCUUUUGAACAAGCUGCUCAAUUCUCUUCGCCGCUGUCAGGAUUACGUUGCACAGACUUUUAAAAAUAAGGAUUUAUCAGGACUGGAGAUGGUAGUUGAAGGAGAAAGUGGACCAUUGGCUUUGUCAUCAGCAGGAUCAUUCUUGAUUCCUGCAUCUGUGCCAGGCGUUUUGGUUGUUGAUUUUAUCAGUCAGAGAAUGAUGGAAGCCUACAGCAUUCUUACAGGAAUCAACAGUUACCUACAGCAGGAGGAGGAGUGUGUUAAAGAGUGCAUGAGGCUUCUAGAGCUAAAAAUGCUGAGCAAAGAUGACAGCGUGACACCACAUCAAAUGAUCAGUUGUUGCCAGCGUUUGACAGACGACUACUGGCGCUACUGCAUCCUCUUCAACCAGUCUUCCCUACGCAUAUCACACUAUUAUUCUGUGAUGCAAGAUGGUCUAAUAUGCAUCCCAUGGAACUGGGUAGGAGAUGACACCUGAACUCCAUCCUCAUUUUAAAGAAGUGACAUUACAUGCUUUUUGACUUCUAGAAUGCUUUGGUAAUGCCUUUCAAGUGCUAGAGGGUGAAUAACAGUUAUAAUGCUUACAUAAAGAUUCUUUUUCUGUGGGUUCCAAAUCAAGGUCAAUUUUAGUUUUAUUUUGUCAUUCAGAAUUUAUAUUUUCUCAUCAAAUGCUUUUACAACUACAAAGCAUCAGACCAAGCAUGAAAACCACAAGACAAAUGUUUGACUGUAGUUAUUUAUGUAGACAUUAUAAAUACAUUGAUAGUGCCUUAGCAGUAUUAGAUAACUUGAUUAUACACUAUACCAAGACUAUCACUGCGUGUCAGUUCAUAGGUGCUUAGAAAUAAAGCGUAAACUACAGAACAUGAAAAGUAUGACACCUAUGGCGAAGGCAGCAGAAGCUUGUAGAACUAACAUUUGUUCGGUUUGCAUUCUUUUGAUGUAUUAUUAAACAUGCUGACAAUCAUUUACAAAAAAAAAAA